AUGGCGCCGCAGAAUAAGCUCGAAUUCUUCCAGAAGCCGGAGUGGGAGUCAAUAUGGGCCCUUCGCUACAAGAAGAGUCUUGAGAAGUAUCUUAUAACUGACGCCCUUUCUAAACCUGCUUCUGGUUCAAGCGUUGAGCGCUUAUUUAAUUCUGCUAGCGACGUAUGCCACUACGGUCGAGGGUCUUUGAAAUCAAAAGACUAUUCAAGAUUUGUUGAUGAUGAUGUGUACAACCAGAUUCGAUAUGAAAUCAGACGAGUUAUCCUUUAUUGA